AUGGUUCUUCCUCAUCUCUUCUUCGCCCGUCACAAAUCCAGCAAGAAGAAUAAACCCUCCAUCUCGGAAGACCAGCGUCCUCCCUCCCCGUCUUCUCCGUCUCCGGCCUUACCUGUGCGCGGAGAUUCUUCUUCCAAGACUCCCUCUACUCCUCCACCCUCAUCCUCUCGCCUCUCCUCCAGUACUACCUCCAGGACUGCUACUACUACUACUACCUCUUCGCCAACUUCCUCGACCCCUCCACCCACCUCGUCUCAGUCUCCCCGUCGUCCGACCCAUACGCGGUCGUCGUCCACUCCUUCAAAACCCGCCAAACCUUCCAAGUCGAAAUCCUCACCUCACCCGUUCUCGGCGAAUUCGAAAUCGAGAGCCAGUCUCUCGUCCUCCCGCUCCUCUCGGUACUCACACGACCCUGACUCCCACCCGCUUAACCUCCCUCCCGACGAACUUCGCCGCUUAUCCGCCAUGGCUGCCGCUGCUGAUCGGAGUUCCAUGGACAUUGAUCCGAAGGAUCCUCGCCUGUCCACGCCGAACGGCGUUAACGGCACCGACGGCGGGAGAAGCCCUACCCCGCCUCCUCAUCGCUCGAAUGGGAACACCGCCGAGGCCGAUACGUUCAAGCUGGCGGGAAAUAAAUUCUUCAAGGAUGGGAACUAUACCCGCGCCAUUGAAGAGUUCAACAAGGCUAUCGAAAUUAACCCCAACUCCUCCGUCUACCUGUCCAAUCGGGCCGCGGCUUACAUGUCCGCUAACCAGUACCUCAACGCUUUGGAAGAUUGUGAGCGGGCCUAUGAGCUCGACCCAUCGAACGCUAAAAUCAUGUACCGUCUGGCUCGUAUCCUGACUAGUCUCGGCCGCCCGGCUGAGGCGCUUGACGUCCUUGACCGCAUUGAGCCUCCCGCCUCCGCGACGGACCGCGCCCCUGCCGAGAAGAUGCUCAAGUUCGUAACCCAGGCGGAGGAGACCCUGUCUGGGGACCGGGGUGUGUCGAUGGUCCUCUUCUGUCUUGAACAGGCCCGUCAGCUUCUCGGCCGGAACGUCAAGGAGCCGCGCAAAUGGACCCUGCUGGCCGCCGAGGCCCAGUUGAAGAUGGCCAACGAGAACUCCCUCCGCAAAGCCCAGGACAUUGCCGUCAACAUGCUCCGCGAGAACAACCAGGAUCCCGAUGCGCUGAUGAUCCGCGCCCGUGCGCUGUACGGAUUGGGCGAGUCCGACCAGGCGGUGAAGGCGCUCAAGAUGUGCCUGGGCUUGGACCCGGACAUGAAGCCCGCCAUCAAGCUGCUGCGUACCGUCCAGAAGCUGACUCGCACCAAGGAGGAGGGUAACGCCGCUUUCAAGGCCAAGGACUACCGCAAGGCCAUUGAGCUUUACGGAGAAGCCCUUGCGGUUGACCCGAACAACAAGGACAUGAACUCGAAGAUCCUGCAGAACCGUGCUCAGGCAUACAUCAACCUGAAGGAAUAUGACAACGCCGUGAACGACUGCACAGAGGCCCUGCGGCUGGACCCCUCGUACACCAAGGCUCAGAAGAUGCGUGCCAAGGCCCACGGCGGCGCCGGCAACUGGGAGGAGGCGGUUCGCGACUACAAGGCUGUGGCAGAGGCCAAUCCUACCGAGAGUAACAUCCAGGAAGACAUCAGGAAGGCCGAGUUCGAGCUGAAGAAAGCCCAGCGGAAAGAUUACUACAAGAUUCUCGGCGUGGAUAAAGACGCCUCCGAACAAGACAUCAAAAAGGCGUACCGCAAGAUGGCUAUCAAGUACCAUCCGGACAAGAACCAGGAUGGUGAAGCUGGCGAUGAGAAGUUUAAGGAGAUUGGUGAAGCCUACGAGACCCUGAGCGACCCUCAAAAACGUGCUGCGUACGAUAACGGCGAUGACCUCAUCGACCCUGCCGAAAUGUUCUCCCGAGGCGGCUUUGGGGGCAUGGGCGGCGGCAUGGGAGGCUUCGGUGGUAUGGGUGGUAUGGGUGGUAUGGGUGGUAUGGGUGGUGGCAUGGGCGGCACCCAUAUUAACAUCGACCCCAACAUCCUUUUCAACAUGAUGAACGGUGGUGGUGGCGGCGGUUUCGCUUCCGCCGGUGGCCACCCCUUCGGAGGCGCUCAGGGCCGAGGUGGAUUCCCUGGCGGGUUCCAAUUCUAA